UGGGAGAUGUUUGUUGUGUGAGAGUGCUACGGACCGAUCAUGGGUGACUGGAGCUUUCUGGGUAAUAUUUUAGAGGAAGUUAACGAGCACUCUACGGUGAUCGGCCGGGUGUGGCUCACGGUGCUCUUCAUCUUCCGUAUCCUCAUCCUGGGCACGGCGGCGGAGUUUGUGUGGGGCGAUGAGCAGUCUGACUACGUCUGCAACACACAGCAGCCGGGGUGUGAAAACGUGUGCUACGACGAGGCCUUCCCCAUCUCCCACAUCCGCCUGUGGGUGCUGCAGAUCAUCUUCGUGUCCACGCCGUCUCUGGUGUACGUGGGUCACGCCGUGCACCAUGUGCACAUGGAGGAGAAACGCAAAGAGCGCGAGGAGGCCGAACUCAGCCGGCAGCAGGAGCUGAGCGAGGAGCGUCUCCCCCUGGCACCGGACCAGGGCAGUGUCCGCACCACCAAGGAGACCAGCACCAAGGGCAGCAAGAAGUUCAGGCUGGAGGGUACCCUGCUGAGGACCUACAUUUGCCACAUCAUCUUCAAAACACUGUUUGAGGUGGGCUUCGUGGUGGGACAGUACUUCCUGUACGGCUUCCGCAUCCUGCCGCUGUACAAAUGCAGCCGCUGGCCCUGCCCCAACACGGUGGACUGUUUUGUGUCCCGGCCCACGGAGAAGACCGUCUUCAUCAUCUUCAUGUUGGCCGUUGCCUGCGUCUCACUCUUCCUCAACUUUGUGGAGAUCAGUCACCUGGGCCUGAAGAAGAUUCGCUUUGUUUUUCGCAAGCCGACCCCGACCCCGGCUCAGGGCGAGGGCACGGCCUCCCUGCCGCCCCCAGGAAAGAACUUGCCCCCUCUGGCGAUGCCAGCCCUGCAGAGGGCGAAAGGUUACAGGCUGCUGGAUGAGGAGAAAGCUCCCAUAACUCAGCUCUACCCGCUUACCGAGGUGGGCAUGGAGGCCGGCAGAGGGGCCCCACUCUUCCCGGUGCUGGAAGAGAAGGUGGAGGAGGUGCUGCCAAUGGAGGACAUCUCUAAGGUGUACGACGAGACUCUGCCCUCCUAUGCCCAGACCACCGAGAUGGCGGGGGUGUCACUACACGAGGAGGCCGAGGAGGUGCAGCCAGCAGAGGUAGAAGCAGAGAGAUUGGAGAGGGAUGAGGAUCUGGAGGUAGAGGAGGCGGGGAACGGGGAGGGGGUGAAUCCAGCAGAGAGAAGGAUGGAGGCCACGGAUACGAUAGAAGACACCAGACCGCUGAGCCGACUGAGCAAAGCCAGCAGCAGGGCCAGUUAGGCGGUGACUUUCAUUCAUUCAAACAGUGACAUAUUGCAAAUGCAGCACGCGGCUGCACAAGGCCCCGGUGGGAUGGAGAAUUUUUGCAUCAACUUGACAUUUUCGAUCAUAUGUUGCAUGUUCUGGAUUUUCUCACUAGCAGAUGUAGGCAGCAUCUCAGAGGCAGUUGGCAGUACAGUGAUCCUGCCGUGUAAGGACGAGUCAAACGACACUCUGGUUCAGCUGACAUGGAAAACGAACGGGAUUACGCUGCUCAGUUUCAAACCACAAGUACCCUUGCACACCAGUGGCGAAGCGAGGCGCUGGAACAUAAAUAUAACAGACAGUCCGCCAUAUGCACUGCUCAUUAAGAACGUCCAGGAGUCUCAUUCAGGAAACUACACCUGUGAGAUCAAUACGGACGCAAGAUUUCUGGAACACAAGUGGGAGUUAAUAAUCACAGAAAACGUGCUGAUGAUUACUGUGGCAUCUGUUGUUCCUUGUGUGUGUUGCCUGAUCUUUAUAUUAGCUUGGAUCAUUCUGCACAGAGUCCGCAUUCAACGUGCAGAGGAUCAUUCUCCCACUGCAAGAAUGGAGAGAGAAGAAGAUAUUUAUGAAAACUGUCUGGGAAUGCAUGUUAGUCAACAACGUAGCGACAAUCAGUCUCACUGUUACCACGAAAGACCUCAUUGAUCUCAGCGUAGAAACAUCUAAAAGGGAAGGGGGUGUUUACCAGUUUUUUUUGUUCUUGGGUUGUAUGUCUUUCUGUACCAUCCGCCAAUCAAUACCUGUCUUAAGACCAUAAUUUAACUACUUAGCAGAGGUGUCAGGUAACAACAAUAAGUACAAAUACUUUGUUACUGUACUUAAGUAGAAAUUUGGAUACUUUAUUGGAGUAUUUAUUUUUUUCAGACUUUUACUUCUUUUUCUUACAUUUUAAAAUCCGCCUCGUUACUCCUAUUUCAUUUUGGCUUGUUUUCCUUCAUGUCAUCUCUCAAAAUCACAUAAAAAAUACGAUCCGGAUAAAUCGCGCCGUCGUUUGAGUGAAUUAGAUUGUGGAUGGAUGAGAAGU